AAUCGUAAGUGCCGUUCCUCAGGGAGACGGGGCGGGGCGAGCGGCGUGGAGGAAGACGGGGAAGUUCGCGCAUGCGCUGAACGCUGACGGGUUUGAAAUGGCUUCGGUGUUAACCGGGAUCAGAUUCAGACCGCUGCUGUAGAAGACAAACAAGGGAAGGUGUUUUCCCCCUUUGCAUCAUGGCUCAGUUUGGAGGACAGAAGAAUCCGCCAUGGGCUACUCAGUUUACAGCCACUGCAGUAUCACAGCCAGCUGCACUGGGUGUUCAGCAGCCAUCCCUUCUUGGAGCAUCUCCUACUCUUUACACACAGCAAACUGCAUUGGCAGCAGCAGGCCUUACUACACAGACGCCAGCAAACUAUCCGUUAACACAAACAGCGGCUUUGCAGCAGCAGGCCGCAGCUGCAGCAGCUGCAUUGCAACAGCAAUAUUCACAACCUCAGCAGGCCUUGUAUAGUGUGCAGCAACAGUUACAGCAACCCCAGCAGACCCUUUUAACACAGCCAGCUGUUGCACUCCCUACAAGUCUUAGUCUGUCUACUCCACAGCCUGCAGCACAGAUAACUGUAUCCUAUCCAACACCAAGAUCCAGUCAGCAACAGACCCAACCUCAGAAACAACGCGUUUUCACAGGAGUUGUUACAAAGCUACAUGAUACCUUCGGAUUUGUGGAUGAAGAUGUAUUCUUUCAGCUUAGUGCCGUCAAAGGGAAAACUCCCCAAGUGGGUGAUCGAGUAUUAGUUGAAGCUACUUACAAUCCCAAUAUGCCUUUUAAAUGGAAUGCUCAAAGAAUUCAAACACUACCAAAUCAGAAUCAGUCCCAAACUCAACCUUUACUGAAGACUCCUCCAGCUGUACUUCAGCCAAUUACACCACAGACAACAUUUGGUGUUCAGGCUCAGCCACAGCCUCAGUCCCUGCUGCAGGCACAGAUUUCAGCAGCUUCUCUUACACCGCUGCUGCAGACGCAGCCACAGCCCUUACUCCAGCAGCCGCAGCAGAAAGCUGGUUUAUUGCAGCCUCCUGUUCGUAUAGUUUCUCAGCCACAGCCAGCACGAAGGUUAGAUCCACCAUCUAGAUUUUCAGGAAGGAAUGACAGAGGGGAUCAAGUGCCUAACAGGAAAGAUGAUCGAAGUCGUGAACGAGAAAGAGAAAGACGUAGAUCCAGAGAAAGAUCUCCUCAGAGGAAGCGAUCCCGGGAGAGAUCACCCAGGAGAGAGAGAGAAAGAUCACCUCGGAGAGUUCGCCGUGUUGUUCCACGUUAUACUGUGCAGUUUUCCAAGUUUUCUUUAGAUUGCCGUAGUUGUGACAUGAUGGAACUAAGGCGCCGUUAUCAGAAUUUAUACAUACCUAGUGACUUUUUUGAUGCUCAGUUUACAUGGGUGGAUGCUUUCCCUUUGUCAAGACCAUUUCAGCUGGGAAAUUACUGCAAUUUCUAUGUAAUGCACAGAGAAGUAGAAUCCUUAGAAAAAAACAUGGCUGUUCUUGAUCCUCCAGAUGCUGACCACUUAUAUAGUGCAAAGGUAAUGCUGAUGGCUAGCCCUAGCAUGGAAGAUUUGUAUCAUAAAUCAUGUGCUCUUGCUGAAGACCCACAAGAACUUCGGGAUGGAUUUCAACAUCCUGCUAGACUUGUUAAGUUUUUAGUGGGCAUGAAAGGCAAGGAUGAAGCCAUGGCCAUUGGAGGCCACUGGUCUCCUUCGCUGGAUGGACCAGACCCAGAAAAGGAUCCUUCUGUGUUGAUUAAGACUGCUAUUCGUUGUUGUAAGGCUCUGACAGGCAUUGAUCUAAGUGUUUGCACACAAUGGUACCGUUUUGCAGAGAUUCGCUACCAUCGCCCUGAGGAGACCCACAAGGGGCGUACAGUUCCAGCUCAUGUGGAGACAGUGGUUUUAUUUUUCCCGGAUGUUUGGCAUUGCCUUCCCACCCGCUCAGAGUGGGAAACCCUCUCCCGAGGAUACAAGCAGCAGCUGGUGGAGAAGCUUCAGGGUGAACGCAAGGAGGCUGAUGGAGAACAGGAUGAAGAAGAGAAGGAUGAUGGUGAAGCUAAAGAGAUUUCCACACCUACUCAUUGGUCUAAGCUGGAUCCAAAGACAAUGAAGGUAAAUGAUCUCCGAAAAGAGUUAGAAAGUCGAGCUCUUAGUUCCAAAGGAUUAAAAUCCCAGUUAAUAGCUCGGUUGACAAAACAACUUAAAGUAGAAGAACAAAAAGAAGAACAGAAGGAAUUAGAGAGAUCUGAGAAAGAAGAGGAAGAGGAGGAUGAUAGGAAGUCUGAAGAUGAUAAAGAGGAAGAAGAGAGGAAACGCCAAGAGGAGAUGGAACGCCAGCGUCGGGAAAGAAGAUACAUUUUGCCUGAUGAACCAGCCAUCGUUGUACAUCCAAAUUGGGCAGCAAAGAGUGGCAAGUUUGAUUGUAGCAUCAUGUCUUUAAGUGUCCUUUUGGAUUACAGAUUAGAGGAUAAUAAAGAACAUUCAUUUGAGGUUUCAUUGUUUGCAGAACUUUUCAAUGAAAUGCUUCAAAGAGAUUUUGGUGUGAGAAUAUACAAAUCAUUAUUAUCUCUGCCUGAGAAAGAGGACAAAAAAGAAAAGGAUAAGAAAACCAAAAAAGAUGAGAGAAAGGAUAAGAAAGAAGAAAAAGAUGAUGAAACUGAUGAACCAAAACCCAAACGAAGAAAAUCAGGAGAUGAUAAGGAUAAAAAAGAAGAUAAAGAUGAAAGGAAGAAAGAAGAUAAAAGAAAAGAUGAUUCUAAAGAUGAUGAUGAAACUGAAGAAGAUAAUAAUCAGGAUGAGUAUGACCCAAUGGAAGCAGAAGAAGCUGAGGAUGAGGAGGAUGAUCGGGAUGAGGAAGAAAUGAACAAACGGGAUGACAAACGAGAUAUCAAUAGGUAUUGCAAAGAGAAGCCCUCUAAAGAUAAGGAAAAAGAAAAGACUCAGAUGAUCACAAUUAACAGGGACCUCCUAAUGGCCUUUGUUUAUUUUGAUCAAAGUCAUUGUGGAUACCUUCUUGAAAAGGAUUUGGAAGAAAUACUCUAUACUCUUGGACUGCAUCUUUCUCGAGCUCAGGUAAAGAAACUUCUUAAUAAAGUAGUACUCCGUGAAUCUUGCUUUUAUCGGAAAUUAACAGAUACAUCAAAAGAUGAAGAAAAUCAUGAAGAGUCUGAGUCUUUGCAGGAGGAUAUGCUAGGCAACAGGUUAUUACUUCCAACACCAACAGUAAAACAAGAAUUAAAGGAUAUAGAAGAAAAUGUAGGACUUAUUGUGUAUAAUGGUGCCAUGGUAGAUGUGGGAAGUCUCUUGCAAAAAUUGGAAAAGAGUGAAAAAGUGAGAGCUGAAGUAGAACAGAAGCUACAGUUACUAGAAGAGAAAACAGAUGAAGAUGAAAAAACAAUAUUAAAUUUGGAAAUUUCUAAUAAAAGCCUCUCUAGUGAACUCAGAGAAGUUAAAAAGGACCUUAGUCAGUCACAAGAAAACUUAAAGGUUUCAGAAAACAUGAAUUUGCAGUUUGAAAACCAACUGAAUAAGACAAUCAGAAACUUAUCUACAGUCAUGGAUGAAAUCCACACUGUUCUCAAGAAGGACAAUAUAAAGAAUGAAGACAAAGAUCAAAAAUCCAAGGAGAAUGGUGCAAGUGUAUGAUAAAAUUCUUAUAGUGAUGAGGCGUGCUGUUAAAUAAUGUAAUAUAUAAAAAUCAUGAUACAAGAAUGUUUGGUGGAGAUGCAUGUUUGAUUUUAGUAUAAAUGCUAGUUCAAAUGAUGUAUAAAGUUUUAUGAAUGUGCGUCUGCUUUUGAAAAUUGCUUGUAAUUUCUAGUGUUCAAAUUUAUUAAAUUUGAGUGAACUAUUUCACUCUUUGAGUGAAAUAACUUUGCAUUGCAAAAUGUUUUAGGAUGAACUUUGUUAUAGUUUUAACCUCAAUAAAGUUCAUCAGUUUAAUUGACAGUAUUUAAUUAUCAAAUGUCUUUUAUUAGAAUACCUAGAAAGUUUUGAUUUUAUUUAUAGAAUUAUUAACUUUAUUGUGUAGUCCAUUUUUAAAUUUUGAGCAUAAAUCAUAAAAUAGUAUGCUGCUUUAUGUUUCGCAAAUUUUUUGAGUCAGUGUUUUUUUGUCACCAAAAAAUUCCCUCUUAAUUAUCAGUAUCUAAAAGCAUUUAUUAAAAACUCAGUUCAGGGGCUAGGGAUUUAGCUCAGGCAGUCGUGAGUUCGAUCCCCGGUACCAAUAAAAAGGAAAAAGCCAAAAAAAAAAAAAAAUUUAGUUCAAGAGCUAGGCAUAGUGGUGCACGCCUGUAAUCCCAGUUGUGCACUUGGGAGGCUGAGGCAGGGGGAUCUCUGCAAAUUUGAGGCCAGCUUAAACUACGUAGUGAGACCCCAUUUCAAAAAAAAAGUUCAGUUCAUGUAAAAGAUAGUAUAUCAAAAACUAAAAGCAAUAAACAAGUAGAAUUAUUAUGUUUGUUAGGCUUUACAUUAAAUUAAUAUCAUGCUUUCAUUUAAUCAUUCUACUUUCCCAAAAUGGUAUCUAUAUUUUAAUUUUGAAUGUCUUUUUUUUAAGUGCAGUGUAUGUCAGAUGUACAGUUUAUGCCAGUAGAUGUCAGUAUGAUCCCUUAAGUAUUCUUUAUUUGAAAGUAAUUUUUUUUAUUAAGCUGCAUACUUCCUUCAGAAUUGUAGUGGAUGCUUCACUGUUGAUUACAAAGUUGGGGUGUCAUGCUUUGCGACAGGUGUUGUUGGUAGGUGAAUUUAUUCUUCAAAGGACUGUUGGUAUUCAAGAAGUUUUCAGGUUAUGGAUGGGUGUGUAAUGCUGGCAGUUAGUUGCUAGAGGCCUAGGGUGUUGUUGAAUUUCCUGUGCUGCCUAGGUCAGUUUCCCUAUAACAAGGAAUCAUUGAGCCCCAAGUUCCAGUAAGGACCAGUUUGAGAAACUGUGCUAUAAAGGAAUAUAGGACUCAGUGACACUGAUUAUCAGGUUAGUAGUGAAAAUUUCAUUGUAUCUGUAGCAAAGAUUUUUUUUUUUGUCUCAAUGGAAUGUUUACUGUCAUAAAAAGAUGUGCAGCAUUCAAGAGACUGAGACAGGCCAGUUCAAGGCCUGUUAGGGCUACAUAAUUUAGUUCAAUCAAGGUCAGCCUGCACUACAUAGUGAGACCCUACUUAAGGGGUAAAGAAAAAAAGUUCUGUGUUACAGUUUGCUUUCAUUUUAUUUUACUUCUGUUUAUGUUGAUACAGUAAUGGCCUGAUGUUCUAAAUAAAUGAAUAUGAGGAUAUAAA